GGAGGCUUCGUUCUCGUUCUAAACCUCUGCAAAACCCUAGUUUGGAAAUUCUGUGAAUUGGUAUUUUCGAGAAUUGUUGAGGGGAUGGGGAAAAUUCCGCAGGCGUUCAGGAGGGCGGCGGCGGAGUCGUCGGUUUCCACUCUGUUCAGAGCCAAUUCCGCUGCUGUUCGGGAGAAAACAACCCCAUCGCCGAAAUCUAACAAGUCUCGAGAGAAGAAGGUGGUGAAAAGCAACGAUUCGGCGGGGAAAGCAAGUGUUCCGUCUGUUUUAUUUGAUUCGCCCAACCUCUCAGAUGCCAAAUCACUUUUCAAUUCGGUCAUUUCGUCCGCCGAAGGCAGGCCUCCGGCGGAGCCCAGCUUCUACAACUCAAUGUUGCAGUCAUUUUCAUCCGUUUCAUCUCUUCAGGAUUCAAUCAUGUUCCUAAAUCACAUGAUCAAAGCGCAUCCGCCUUUUUCUCCUAAUCGUUCCACUUAUCAUGUACUUCUUGUGCAGUCUUGUUCGUCGCCAGAUGAAGAUUCGCUCUCCGGCGCGCACAACGUCCUCAAUCUGAUGAGAAACAACGGUGUUCAGCCUAAUCAGGUUACUACAGAUGUUGCGAUGAGGGCGCUUUGUGGUUGUGGCAGAGAGGAGCAUGCUAUUGAUCUUGUUAAGGAGUUCUCAAGGAAAGGAUCGCCGCCGGACACGUACACUUACAAUUUUAUGGUGAAGCAUUUAGUUAAGAACAGGCCUUUAAGUACUGUGAAUGGCUUUAUAAAGGAUAUGAGAGAAUUCAACAUAAAGCCUGAUCUCGUGACAUAUACUAUAAUGAUCGAUAAUGUUUGUAACUCCAAGAAUUUAAGGGAGGCGACGAGAUUAUUAGGGGUGUUGAGUGAGGAAGGAUUCAAGCCUGAUUGUUAUGUGUACAAUACAAUUAUGAAAGGCUAUUGUAUGUUGAAUCAAGGCAGAGAAGUAUUGGGAGUGUAUAAGAAAAUGCAGGAUGAAGGGAUUGAACCCGAUCAAUAUACUUACAACACUUUGAUAUAUGGAUUAUCGCAAACGGGUAGGGUUAAUGAGGCAAGGAAUUUUCUGAGAAUAAUGGCCGAGAAGAGUCAUUUUCCGGAUGCAGUCACUUACACAUCAUUGAUGAAUGGAAUGUGUAGGAAAGGGGAUGCAUUGGGGGCAUUGGAAUUGUUGGAUGAGAUGGAAGAGCAAGGGUGUAUGCCCAAUUCAUGUACGUAUAGCACAUUGCUUCUUGGGCUGUGUAAGUCGAGGAUGUUGGAUAAGGCGGUUGAAUUAUAUCAGGUGAUGAAAAAAGGUGGUAUAAAGCUCGAGAGUGGUUCGUAUGGAGCAUUUCUUAGGGCACUGUGCAGGAAAGGUAGGGUUGCCGAAGCUUAUGAAGUUUUUGAUUAUGCAGUUGAGAGCAAGAGCUUACCUGACGCUGCUGCCUAUCCAACAUUGGAAAGUUCUUUGAAGUGGCUGAAAAGGGCCAGAGAGCAAGGUCUUACUUUCGAGCAUAAAUAGCAGCGCAGGUGCAAUCCAUCGACAUUCUGAUGGUAAGAUGUUGCCAGAUAUCUCUUGGCAGAAUGGCAGUUGCAUUAGGAAACACACCAGAACUAGAAAACUUAGAAAUAAAUUCCGAAUAACAGAACAGAAAGGAGCUUGAAAAUAGAUGAUAUGAAUAAAUUUCUAUGAUUAAAAGUAUUUACUCGCACUCUAGAUGGUUCAUCUUUCUGUAUACGUAAAUUAGCAACUCAUGUCCUUGCUUGGGUCAUUUUAUCUAAUUUGACUGCAGUUAUUUACAUUGAUCAUAUGUCCAUUCAAUCUUGCUUUGUCUUUUUGGCGUUGCUGUAAACGAUGACAGCCCACUAUUCACGAUACCCUUUCUUUUCUAAGGAAAUUGCAAUGCCCCAUUCUUAUGUUCAAAUUUGAACUAUUGUCGGGAGAUCUAUUCUGAACCUCGAACAUGCCUAUGUCUCCCGACUUCUGUGCAUCUGUCUCAUGAGCAUAAGGUUUUUGCAGUUUUUCACAUUGAAAGCAUUGUUCUUGUCUUCAAAAUCCUACAUUUAUAUAUUUCUGUGAAGAGACAUGAUUGCCAGGCAAUUUAUAUUCAGAAAUAUAACAUGUGUUGCUGUAGCUAAGAACGAAUGAUUAUAUUUCCUAGGAAUGAAAAUAGGAUUUGGAUUAAAUCUUAUGGCAUAUAUUCUGAAUGUUCCCUUGCUUAUCCAACACCCACCCCUACCUAUGCUGCACACCUUUAUUAAAUCUUAUGGAUUGACAAUAGGUAGUGAUUUGCUUCAUCUGCAGACAUUAGUGCUAAAAGUCCAUUUUGAUUAACUCAAUUUAUCAAACUGGUGCAACAAUAAUUGCUAUUAGAUUCUUUAGAAUUGAAGUUAAUCCCACCUAAUGACACGGGAGGAGGGAGGCAGAGGGACAAGAAAAAAACUUAGUUUAUUCUUUGCUCAAUAUUAAAUGCAUUUGCCUGAACCUGCUGGUGAACAUUAAUCAUUCUCUCUCUUGUUGCCUUGAACCUCAUUUUUAAACAAUUACAUACAUAAAUAU